AUUAGACACCACAUGUGUUAUAAUAUUUUCAAUUUUCUGAUCGCAAAUAUACACUAAAGAAUGAUGAUAGGCCUACAACGUGAUCUCGGGAUAAUAUUUAUUAUCACUUUUUGUAUUGCUAUAAAUCCAUCAAGCGGGAAGACAUGCUCUGGUAAAAUCAACGUUACACCAGUAAAGCAUCCGUCCAUAUUUAGCGAACUUACAAGUUCCGAAAUAGGCGAAGUGUUACGGUACAUUAAGAAAGAAUUGAAUACAACAAAAUCAACAAACGGUGGCUUGUCUGAUACAUUUGCAUAUGUAAUUGAAAAGAAAACCACUUCGAAGGAAGAUGUUUUGGAACAUAUAGAUCGUAAUGGUCCAGUGCCUUUACGAGAAGCAAGAGUGGUUUUGUAUUCGCCUCUAGAAAUCGCAGAAUACACGGUAGGACCAUUGCCAAAUCUAACAUACCAUUUUAGAGCGGAAAAUCCAAGAUGGAAUCGCAGGGACUUGAAAUUUUCAGAGCGCACAUUUUACACACCAUCUGAUGCUUCAGCAAUAGCUGCGCUCGUUCACAAGGAAGGGCGCAAAUUGAAAAGACUCUUGCAGGAAAGCUUUGAUGAAUUUCAUAUGAAUGACGACUGCCGUAAACGCUGCAUUUCGUAUAACUUUCUGAGACCGACUGUACUUGAACACAGUCGUGUUAUGUGGGUUUACCUUAAACGUAAGGUUGAUAUUUCAUUAGGAUCAGACCGUUUGUAUCCUUUACCUCUUCAGAUGCUAUUGAAUAUGACAAGUUCCAAUUCGACAAGUUGGAAAGUAUUCCAAGUGUGGUACAAUGAUCAAUUUUUCGAUUCCUCUGACGAUUUGAUGAGAAAAUAUAACAAUGGAACAGUAGCUAGGGUGACCAUACCCUUAAGUAAUACUGACAUAUUUUCUUCUAUGAAACAACGUGCUAAAAAGAACUCUAAAUCCAGCAAAAGGAGGGGACCCGAUUGCUUUCCUCAAGAUGGCAGACGAUUUGCAAUUGAAGGGAAUCGAGUGACGUAUAUUAAUUGGGAAUUCGAAUUCUCCAAUCGGCAAUCGACGGGCCCACAAUUAUUUGACAUUCGAUUUAGAAAAGAAAGAAUUGUUUAUGAGCUGAGCCUCCAGGAGGCAUUGUUAUCGUACACAGGCAAUACCCCGAUGAGCCGUCAUGCCAACGUAUAUCUUGACGGUGAGGUUCUUCUUGGUAACUUUAUUUCCCCGAUGGCUCCUGGUGUUGACUGUCCCAAAGGUUCAACCUAUUUCAAUAGUACCAUAUACAACUACAUUUUUGGCACGAGCGUUGUGAUUCCGAAUGCAUUUUGCAUUUUUGAGGACAUUGAUGGUCCACCUUUGAAACGCCAUUAUGAAUAUACAUCAGAUGGAAGUUACGCAUUCUAUGCUGGUAUGCCAAACAAUGCAUUAGUUCUUAGAACAAUGCAAACUAUUGACAACUAUGAUUUCAUCUAUGAUUUUAUAUUCUAUCAGAAUGGAGUGCUAGGCACUAAAGUCUCGGCAUCUGCUUAUGUAGUAACUGAGUUCACAAAAGACAGCACAGCGGAAAGAGGAAAAUAUGGAUUUCAAAUACAUGAAAAUGUAUUUGCUAUGUUUCACCAACAUCUUUUCAAUUUCAAGGUUGAUGUUGACAUCAAAGGAAGAAGCAAUAGACACGAAACACUCGCUGUGAAAAUCAGACCGACAACUCAUAAAGAUGAUGAGGACACGAGUUCAACGAUCUACAAUUCAUUCAACCAAUUAGAUCCAGUUCUGAAUUUUGACUCGUAUAUAUCAGAUAAUGAAAAUAUAACGGAUGAGGAUUUGGUGGCAUGGGUCACAGUCGGGCUACAACACCUUCCUACUUCCGCUACUGAUGUCCCGGUAACAACAACUGCAGGCAAUACUCUUAGCUUCUACUUAAAACCGUUCCACUAUUUUGACGAGGAUCCAUCCAUGUCAUCCCACGACAACGUUUUCAUCACUCCAGGACAAAAUGACGAAGAAAAUGUUGAUGAAAAUGAAAACAAUGCUUUGGAAAACUGCUGCCCACCUAAGGAUAAGAUACGUUUCGAAAAUCCGAUUCAUGACUAGCUAAUAUACAUCGUUUUUGAAUGUGACUGGUGUUUUUGAAGUUGUUAGAAAUAAAUAUACAUCGUGGCACAAAAUAAACGUUACCCUGGCUACUUUCUCAAUAAUAAA